AAACGUAGCGUCAAAAACACAUUCAAAUUCUAGUACCGCAUCACUUGACUUUCUAAAAAAAUCUGAAAACCUCACAACAUAUAUAAAAGAUAUGGCGGGAAGGAUUGGAUUAAGAUUCAUGAAAGAUUCUCUAAAUCAGAAGCUGAAAUCGAUAGGGAAUCUCAGGCAUUACUGUUCUUCUUCCUCUUCCACUAAUGGCCCUGCAGCUAAACCCAACCUCUCUCGUUCUUCUAGAAUGGAAAGAUUACUUACAGGAGCAGUCAUUGGUCUGGUUGGAGGAGCUUAUGUGAGCACUAUGGAUGGAGAAACAUUCAGUGGCUGGCUAUUUACUGCAUCAAAAGCUGCCAAUCCAUUUUUUGCGUUGCUGGAUCCAGAGGUCGCUCAUCGCCUUGCUAUUUCUGCUGCAGCUAGUGGAUUGGUACCUAGAGAAAAGAGGCAAGAUCAGCCGAUACUAGGACUUGAAGUUUGGGGAAGGAGGUUUUCCAAUCCAAUAGGGCUCUCUGCUGGCUUUGAUAAAAAUGCAGAGGCUGUUGAAGGUUUACUUGGAUUAGGUUUUGGCUUUGUAGAAGUUGGAUCAAUAACUCCCCUUCCACAGGAGGGAAAUCCAAAGCCUCGUAUGUUCAGAUUGAGAGACCAAGGUGCCAUUAUUAACAGGUGUGGCUUUAAUGGAGAAGGAAUAGCUGUUGCUUCAAAAAGGUUGGCUGCUUUACAUGAACGGAAAGCUGGUCCUGGAAUUCUCGGGGUCAAUAUUGGAAAGAACAAAACCAGUGAAGAUGCUGCUGCAGAUUAUGUACAAGGUGUAAAUGCAUUAGCCCAGUAUGCUGACUACUUGGUAAUUAACGUAUCAUCGCCUAAUACACCUGGACUCCGCCAGCUUCAAGGAAGAAAGCAGUUAAAGGAACUUGUUAAGAAGGUUCAAGCAGCUCGUGACGGAAUGAAAUGGGGUAAAGAAGGCCCCCCUCCAUUGCUAGUCAAAAUUGCUCCAGACUUGUCUAAGCAAGACCUUGAAGAUAUUGCAGCGGUUGCUCUUGAUCUCAGCUUGGAUGGUUUGAUUAUAUCAAACACUACCAUUUCAAGGCCAGAGGUAGUGCAGGGCAAUCCUGUAUCACAGGAAAGUGGUGGACUGAGUGGGAAGCCUCUUUUCAGUUUGUCAAAUAGCAUCCUAAGUGACAUGUAUAUUCUAACAAAGGGAAAGAUCCCUUUGGUUGGCUGUGGUGGUGUGAGCAGUGGAGAGGAUGCUUACAAAAAGAUAAGAGCAGGGGCAACUCUUGUUCAGAUAUAUUCAGCAUUUGCCUAUGGUGGUCCGGCCCUUAUACCUCAGAUAAAGGCUGAACUUGCACACUGCUUAGAAAGAGAUGGGUUCAAGUCCAUCUAUGACGCAGUUGGUGCAGACUGCCGAUAGAUGUGCCAAAGUGUUAAUCUUUUCAUGAUGUUGUAAACACAAAUAACUGGGAGAAUUCAUAUGUCCGAUUUUUACACCUACUUAUUUAAAGACUGCAAAAGUUUUACCUUUCUUUUUUGCAUUUUUGACUUGAUAAAUUAUACUUUGGGUUGACUUGAA